AUGUCUCAAUAUGAUUGGUGUUCAUCGAAUACCGCAUGUGCCUAUUUCCAUAUAGACGGUGUUGCUGAUCAUGGUAUUUGUGGUUUUGAAGAUAUACCAUGUUCUGAGUUGACUUCAUGUGAAAGUAAAAACAACCGCUGUUAUGAAUUCGAACAUAUCUGUGUUCAUCAUCCUCGAUGUCAUAAUCUUCCUGUAUGUUAUCCAGUGUCAAUGAUCAGUCAACAAAUCUGUCCGCCAGUAACGACUCCAAAUGUUACAAUCACCACUGCAAUGCCGAUAUCAACUAUAACUAUAGCCAAGGAUACAAAUCAAGAGUUUGCUUGUUUUAUUCCAGUACCAUUACGUACAAGUGCAACUUUUAUUCCUUCGAACGCAACAUGGAUACAAAAUGGUAUUUCUGUAGCUAGAGGAAACGGGCGAGGUACUGAAAUUAAUCAGUUUGCUUACCCACUUGGUAUAUAUGUCGACGAUGUACAAACAGUCUAUGUUGCUGAUCAAUAUAAUGAUCGUAUUGUGGAAUGGAAAUAUGGUGCAACAAGUGGCAAAGUAGUUGCUGGUGGCAAUGAGGGUGGAAAUGAAACUCAUCAAUUAAACAAACCAUAUGAUGUAAUUGUCGACAAAGUAAGAGAUAGUCUCAUUAUCUGUGAUCAUGGGAACAGGCGAGUAGUUCGAUGGCCUCGUCAAAAUGGUAAGUAUGGAGAAACAAUUAUUUCAAAUAUCUCUUGCUUCGGUUUAACAAUGGAUCAGAAUGGAUUUCUCUAUGUUGUGGACACGGAACAACAUGGAGUAAGACGAUAUGAAACAGGUGAUAAUGAAGGGACAAUAGUUGCAGGUGGCAAUGGAAAAGGAAAUUAUCUUGAUCAACUCUCUAACCCUUCGCAUGUAUUUGUUGAUCAAUAUCAUUCAGUAUAUGUGUCUGAUUAUUCAAAUCUUCGUGUGACGAAGUGGGAAGAAGGUGCAAAACAAGGCAUUCUAGCAGCUGGUAGCCAAGAUGAAGGAAGUACUCUCAUGCAAGUAUUUUAUCCUGAAGGAGUGGUUGUCGAUCAAUCAGGCACUGUCUAUGUAUCUGAUCGAAUGUUUAAUCGAAUUAUACGUUGGCAAAAAGGAGCCACAGAAGGAAGUAUCGUUGCUGGUGGAAAUGGAGAAGAAAAACAAGCUAAUAAAUUCGAUGAGCCGAUGGGCUUAUCAUUCGAUCGACAAGGCAAUCUCUAUGCCUCAGAUUGGAGAAAUCAUCGAGUACAAAAAUUCAAUAUCGUAUAA